GCGGGCCGGGCGGGCCAUGGAGCCGGGGGCGGCGGCGGCGGCCGGGCCCGGGGAGCUGCUGCAGGCCCUGCUGGAGGGCGCGGGGGGCCGCGGCCGGGUGCUGCUGGUGGCCGAGCUCUGGGAGCGGGAGCAGAGCCGCAGCCUCAUGAGGGACUUCGCCCGCCACGUCUUCCCGGAGCCGCGGGAGGGAGCGGAGGAGGAGGCGGCGGCGGCGCGGGCCCCCGGCCGCGGGCCUCCGGAGCGAGCCAUCUGCUCCCCGCUCGUGUUCGUGCUGUGCCGAGAAGCCUCCCUGCGGGCCCCGGAGCCGCGCCUGCGCCUGCGGGAGAUCCUGCGGGACGUGCGCGCCCGGAGGCGGCGGCGGCCCCCGGCCCGGGGGCGCUCGGGGCACUGCGGCGCGGCGCUGGUCGGGGUGCUGGUGCAAGAGCCCGGCGGCGGCCGCGGCGAGACCCGAGGCGCGGGGCGGGCAAGCGGGGCCGAGGCCGCGCACCUGCUGGAGGCGCUGCUGCGCUCCGUGUUCGGCCGGGACGCGGGCGGCCCCGUGCAGGCCGCCUGCUACUGCCCCGCGCGCCCGGGCAGCGCCGCCGACGUGCAGGACGCAGCGUGCCGGGCCCUGCGAGCAGCCGCCGGCCAGCGGCCGCCAGCAGAGAGGAUGCACGAGAGGCUGGGAUUCCAGAGGCUACUAAGAUGCCUUCCCUGGUCAUCGUGGAGCAGGAGGAAGGGCCGGGCUGACAGCCCCACCAGCAGCCCAGAGGAGGAUGGUUUCCAGGACCCCUCAGAAGAGUUGGCACUGACAGUUCUAUCUCCCAAUGGACACUGUGAGGACAUCGAGGGAAGGAUAGGAGCCUAAAUGCCCUAGACCACCGCCCAGAUCCUGGAUUGACAGGCUGUGAGCACCAAUGAGACUUGGGACAUGUGGGUUCUGUUCCUUCCCCCUGUCCCAUCUUAAAGACUGAAGCUGGGCCCUUCCCUGUUCCAUGCUACUUUUGUCCCCAUUUCAAGUGGAAGGUGAUGCUACCUGUCACCUCUAUACCUUCCACUAAUGCCCAGCAGACUGGGCUGCUGAUCGAAGAGGAAAUAUGUCUCAUUGGCCUGAGCAGCAGAUGGUAAAAAUGGGCUCUCUGGGACCUGCUCCUAAUCCAGAGCUAUCUUACUUUGUGAUCAAGGCUGUUACUUUAUUUCUCUAUGCCUCAGUUUACCAGUCUAUAAAUUGAGAAGACACACUCACCUCAUAGUGGUGUCAUGUGAAGUCCCUGCCUUGGGAAGGGUAACCUAGGACUUUGUAGAUCUACAGUGUUAUAGCAAUCCUCCAUGUUGGUUAAUAUGCAUGAUGGGCUUGGUGUGUGUACACAGUCGUACACAUUCCUCCUUUCCACUAUCAUGUAGUGGAAAGAACAUUAGCCUAGAAUUUAAGGCUCUGAUCCUAUCUCAUUAACUAGAAAACUAGAGGCCUCGGUUGCCUUAUCCAUAGAAUGAAAGGAAUGGACCAGAUGACCUUAAAAAGUCUUUUCUAACUCUGACAUUCCUAGAUUACAUCCUUGAGGAUCAAUAAAUAUACCUUGAGGAUAAAUAAAUACAGCAUAAAUAAACAUACUGUUAAAAAAAAUUCUUAUAAGCACUGGAAGUUUAAGCCAAGUCUAUACAUAAUUUGCUGUUGUUGUUUUAAUGUUUAAUUGAUGCCCUCUGCUUUUUUACCACAAUCAUUUUCUUUAGCCUCCUAGCUCACUCUUAACUGAGAAAAAAUAUUGACAUGGAAUCGAUCAGCACCAGGAGCUGUCCUCAUGGCAGAGAUCAUAGCCCUGAGCCAGUUAAUAAGAUGUCUUAUGCAAAUUCUUCUAGUCCUGAUGGCCUUUUAGGGUCUACAAGUAUUUUCCCUGAUUGCAGUCACUGUAAUAUCAUUAAUUUUUUUUUUUUUUUUUUUUUUACUGAAUAGGCUCCUAAAAGACUAUAGCACACGCUUCUAGUGUUCUUUAGAAAAGAGUCCUGGUACGAACCCCAUACUGCAUAGCUGAUUCGAAGCUGUACUUUGCCACAAAUAUUUGUCAUCUCAUUUUUCUGAACUUCAGCUUCCUCCUCUCUAAAAUGAGGGUUUGGAUUUGAUCUCUGAGGCUCUAUCCGGAGAAUCUUUUGUUUUUAUGUCUCACCAUUUCAGAAGCUAGCCCACCACUCUGUUCCCUACCCAGAAGUUCUCCCCUAUGGUGACUUUCUGACUGAAUUUCCCAGUCAGGCAGGUGACCUUUCCCCUUCAGAGUUCCAAGGUUCCUGAGAGGUUGAGGUAUUUCUUCUCUACCUCUUGGCUUGGGCCCCCACCAGCUAUGUUUUUCCCUACUAGUAGGGAUCUAGGGCUAAUGCCCUACUUCCAUUAAACCACUUAAAAUCUUUUAGCAUUUACAAAGGGGCUUUUUACUUCAAAGAUAUAGCCAGAACAGAAUGUACAAACAUUCUCUCAGAGCUCCUGUAGCAUCUUCUCCCUUAUUAGAUCAAUUCCUACAUAAUACUGGUACCAUCAAGUUUAUAUCCAAUGACAUGAUCUCUGCUGAGUGAUCCUUGCCUCAGAAUCCCAAAGCUAUUUCUUUUUUUAAAAUAGCUUUUAAUUUUCAAAAUAUAUGCAAAGAUAGUUUUCAACAUUAACCCUUGCAAAAC